GGGCUCUGCUGCUGUGGACUGGAGCACAUCAUGCGCAGCCCCUUGGGAGCCCUCUGCCUGAGCUGGGCCCUGGCCCUGGCCCACCCCCUGUGAGUGCCCGGAAUGGGGCAGGGGCUCUGUUUGGCUCAGCUUUUGCUGCCGAGAUGAGCCCCAUGGGGGGUCCAGUGGGCCCAAGGAGAGGAGGGGGGUGGCUCUGCCGUGGGGGUCUUCUCUCCCUAGACCCCCCUGGAGCAGCAUCCACUGUGCCCCCAUGUCCUCUAGCGGGAGCUGACCUGAGGCUGGGGCUCUGUCUUGGCCCAGGCAGGGGGCUCUUUCCGCCCCUGGGCGGCUGCAGAGACCCACUGCCGGGUGCUAACCAGGGUUUUCUGUUUGGCAGGGGUCACGGGAGCAGCAAGUUCAAUGGCACCGGCGGCAGCAGCUGGCACCACUCGGCCUCACAGCCUCCGCUCAACGACACAGGUGGGCUUUGCCAAUGGGCACCUUCUCCAGAGGUCCUGCUCCUCCUUUGCUCUGGGCACCCCCUUCUGUCUCUCUGCCCCGCUCCCAGCCAGGCUGCCCCCAUCCCCCCUUGGUGUGCUGCAGAAAAUCAGAGAAUUGCAAAGCUGGGAGGGACCUUGGGGGUCAUCAAGUGCGGGAAUCUCAGCCAAACAAACCCUCUGACAGGCACUGGCUGUGCCCACCACCUUCUGAGAGUACGUUUUGGCAUUUUUCUCACUUCUGGGGGCACAGGGCUGGCUGGUAUAUCAAUAUAUCAUCCCAAACUGGUUUGAAGUCCAUAUCGUGAUUUUGCUUUUAUAGUUUUGACCUGGCGAUAUAUCGCGAAUAAUGAUGUGUUUGUGUGCGCUACGCAAAAAUCACCGUGUGGGGGAAACCAUGCAGCCAGCCAGGGCCUCUCCAUAGCGCCAUCCUUAUCUCAGACCUCGUGAGAUAUCGGUGUAUCGCGAUGGUUAGCUGGUGAUCUAUCACAAUGUUCUCUGCUGCUUCCAGAGACCGCCAGGCGCUGUGCCAACGAGGAAGGCUUUGACGCCAUCACGCUGGACGAGAGAGGCAACAUGCUCUUCUUCAAAGGUAGCCUGCAUCUCGCACUCGUCUCCCUGCACCCACUGGCAGAGGAACAGGGGUGCGGGGGCAGCACACUCCCCCCCAGCGGCACGAUCCCGAUGGGGUGCCAUCACGGCUCCCCCCCACACUGGGUGCCACACCCCUGCAGGCGGUGCUCCACGCCCACAGGACAUGUGCCACACCCCCAGGACGCACACCAGCCACACCCCCGUCUGCUCUCUGCCCCCCCUUGAAGCUCCACCACUGCCUUCACACCCCCCCUUUCUUCCCAUGGUGUGAGGAGGAGGCUGGGUGCGCUAGCCGAGGGGUUGCUAUGGGGAGGUCUCUGUGAGAUGUGGGCCCAGGAAGGAUGCAGACCUCGGGAUGCUUUCCGGGGGGCUGCUGAAGCUAAGUCAGCCCCCUGGGGGCUCAGCUGGGGCCCCCAGCCGGUGCCUCCCAUUGAGCCUCCCCUUCUUCCCCAGGGGACGUGGUCUGGAAGGGCUUCAGUGGGCCGGCUGAGCCCCUCAACGCCUCCUGGCCCCAGAUCCAGGGGCCCCUCGAUGCCGCCUUGAGGAUCCACCACCUGGACCAGCCAGCCGCCCACGACAACGUCUACUUCUUCCAGGUGGGGAGCCAGGGGGUGACUCCCCCCAACCAAAGAACCCCUAAGCUUCCCUGGGGCAGCAGAUCUGCAAGGCAGGUCGGCCCUCCCAGCCAGGGGUGCUUCUGUGCCCUGGAUGGGAAGGUGGGGGGCGCCCCAGGGCUGGGGGGGGGGCUGCCAGGGGGCAGGAUGUGGAGGCAAGUGGGGUGAGUGGCCUCUCUCUCCCACUGAGCUGCCCCACCCAUGGGGAAGGGAGAUGGUGGGGCUGCCAUCUUUUGCGCCCUGUGGUCCUCGGCUGAGAUGGAGGGUGUGCCCUGGUCUCCCUGCAGGGCCAGUGGGUCUGGGCUUAUGCCCAGGGCAAGCUGAGGCCUGGCUUCCCCCGGCGCAUCGAGGAAGAGUUCAGAGGGGUGCCUGGUCACCUGGAUGCCGCGGUCGAGUGUCACCCCAAGGAGUGUGCGGCCGCCACCGUCCUCUUCUUCAAGGGUGAGCUGGAGCGUGUCUCCUGGGGGGCUGAGGGGCUCAGGAGGUGGGCCGGAUGCCCCUGGAAGAAGUAGGGGGUGGAAGUAGAGGGUCCUACCCUGGGGUUCCUCUCGCCAGCCGCUCACUCUCGCCAGCCGCCUCCCAUGUUAACGGAGAAAUCUGAGGCUCCCUUGGACAAGAAACAAGGACACCAGCCAGGAAUAGCAGAGCAAAACAGCAGCCAGUCGGCUUGGUCUUGAUUGAAGACUGUCGCGACAGGACUCCCACCUGCCACAAGGUGGAACAAGAUGGAAGCCCUGAACAAAAGAGCCCCCAAACUUUUAUUAGCUGCUAAUCCCCAUGUUACAACCCCCAAACUACAUCACUAAUACAUCAUGGUUACAUCAUGAAAGGGGAGGUCUGGUGGCAGUAAUCUGAGCAUCCUGGACCCUGCCCCAUGGUUCCCCUUGCCCUCCACCAAACACCCAUGGAGUGCAACAAAAGAGAUCUUUACAUUUCCCUGUUUCCCAGCCAAGUUCAUCACACCCUUUUGUCUCCCUCUGUGUUUCUUCUUUCUGGAAUGGCUACCUGUCUAGCGCUCAGGUAUCAGGAUGCCAGGGAUUCUCACUGAGGCAGAGGGGCUGCUGAUCCCAGAAGGAAGAGCAGCAAAAGAGGCUUGAGCCCAGGAGUCAGCCUCUUUUCCUUUGGCCUUAGGCCCACCCCCGGCCUUGUCCUCCCUGGCCGGGGGCGGGUCAAAGGCCAGCUCAGGCAGGUGGGUGGCACCCGCCCAGGUGAGCCUCGCUUCCUCCGCAAACCCCGCCCACCUGUGGGGAAGGGAGAGCGGAUAUUCUCGCUCCGGCAGAGGGGCUGCUGAGUAGCUGAGCUCACAGGUCCAGAUGAAUUUCUGAAGUUUCCCCACUGAGCCAGUACAUAGAUGCAUUGAUCAGUGAAUUCUUACAUUUGGUGUUCUGCAGCAGAGGCCCUUUGAACAGAUAGGAAGAAACUGUGAAGAAGUGUUUUGUGGGGACAAGUCACAAAAGGGAUGGUGCUGAUUUUGGGGGUGGGCUGCAUGUACAUGAUGUCUGCUGGAGGGGCAACCCCUCCCCAACCUAUACACAAAUUCCUGCAACACCCAGAACAUCCCCCUGAAACUCCAGUCCAGGGGCUCCUCCAGCCCCCCAGGCAGGAGGGCAAGGGGGGGAAGAACUCCUCCCCAAAGCUGCGCCCCCCAGGAGGAUCUUGGGAGAUGUAGUUCAGCGAGGGAGGAGGACCGCAGAGGCAGCUUCAGUGGAGAGACCAGGGGACAGAAGGGGAGCUGGGAUGUGGCUGGAUCAGGCCAAAGGGUCCCAUCGGCCCAGCACCCUCUUCUCCCAGCACCCAGGCAGAUGCUCAACACGGGACCCGAGCACAAGCGCCUCCUAGUGGUGCAGCCGUAGAACUGUCGGCACAUUUGCAAAGCUAAGCAGGGUCCAGUCUGGUUUCACAUUGAAUGGGGAACCAGGGCACUGGGGCACUGCAGGGGGUUGGACUAGAUGCCCCUUGGGGAUCCCCUCCAACUCAGCAAUUCUAGCACUCUCUGUCUGCCCGACUUGCAUGGAGGUGGCAGCCGCUGACCCCCCUUCCCUGCUCUGUCUCCCGCAGGCCCCCUGGUCCUCUCCUAUGACUUGGCCACCGGGAUGGUGAAGCAGCGCUCCUGGUCGGCCGUGGCCAACUGCUCCUCUGCCGUGCGCUGGCUGGAGCGCUAUUACUGCUUCCAGGGCAUCCAGUUCUUGCGCUUUGACCCCGUCACGGGCGAGGUGCCCCCCAAGUACCCGCGGGAUGCCAGGGACUACUUCAUGCGCUGCCCGGGAAGAGGUGAGCUCCCCCACAUCCCUGUUGCUGCAUCUGGGGCGCUCUGAGAAGGGAACAUCUAUCCCCCCACAAGCCAGCAGGCGCAAACCCCACUGAGCCUCCCUACCCUGUGGGGCUGGUCAGGGAGAGUCUUGCAUGCGAGGAAACGACAAAGAGGGAAUCUGGGGGUGCCAGAAGCAAAAGGCCCCUCCUCUCCUGCAAGAUGUGCUGCGCCAGAGUCCACAGAAGCCAAAGGUGGCUGCGAGGAGCUGUGGUUUGGGGAGACCAGGGCACCCUUCUCCCCGAGUGGCAUUUCCCGGCUGUGGCAGCUGCGCAGGGCCUGCCGGCAAGGAGCAGCUUCCUGGGAUGCCCACUCAACCUGGCAGCUUGUGGCAGCCCAGCCAGCUGGACGGCCUGUAGGCCAGGGUGGGGAGGCUGCAUGGGCCGAGCUCAGCUGGCAGCGAGGACCCCCUCUGGAGCCCAACUCCAAGGCCUUGGCAUAGGGGGCAGCACAAGAGGCCUGUGGCUGCUUCUCCCUGGGCCAAUUUGCUCACAGUCCAAAUUGCCUUUGGCCCCGGGGUGGGGGGCAUCUGCAAGCCCCCCCCGUCAAGGGAGCAGGCCAAAUUGCGCAUGGAUGAAGAUGGGGCGGGGGGGGGGGCUUCACCUGGAAAAGGACUUCAGACAAGGAUACUGUCUCACCCGUGGUGGGGGAUCAGUGGGGCAGCCUCUGCCCUCCUGGGGCACUGGCUGUGGCAGUCAGAUUCAGGAGCUGUUUUUGCCCAUGGACAGGGCUGUUACUCAGGGCCCCAACCCCCCCCCCCUGGGAGUUUCUGUUCUCAGCUCCUCUCUCUGCAUUGCUUCCCCUUGACCCCUGGCAGGCCACGGGCACGAGGCACAGGCCAAUGCCACCCUCAGGGCAGCCAUGGACCCCUGCAGCGGGGAGCCCUUCCAAGCCUUCUCCUCGGACGACUCGGGGCGCAUCUAUGCCUUCCGCGGUGAGCAAGCGGGGACACCCUGGCAUUACAGGGGGGGGCAACAGGGGGCUCACUGGCACUGGAAGCGGGCAGAGGAGGGGGCUGGGCCAGGCUUAGAGGGCUCCUCUUCCACUCUCGUAGCCCGGGGAGGUUGGAGACCCUCAACUGGAACCCAAAGGGUGGCUGGCUGCCCACCCACCCCAGGGAGCUGGAGGCAUGAAGCCCCCCUCCAUUUCCCCUCCUGGCAGGGGGGCAGUAUCUCCGCGUGGACUCCUGGCGCGAUGGCUGGCAUGCCUGGCCUCUCAGCCACACCUGGAAGGGCCUGGAGGGGGACGUGGACGCGGCCUUCAGCUGGGAGGACAAAUUCUACCUGAUCCAGGUAUGGGGGGCAGGGCAGCUGGGGGGGGGGAGGCAAGAGAGGGCAGGGGUCAGCGCUGUCCCCCACCUGUGUGAUCUGGCCAGAAGAUGGUGCCUAAGAGGCCCGAGGGAGCCAUGGAGUCUCAAGGGGGGGGGUCCCUAACCUCUCAUAGGAAGAAUGAACCUCUACAUAGGGAUUCUUCUUCCUUUGCCCACCAGAAGGCAGGUCCCCCCCCCCAGUAUUAAGCCUCUGGCCCCUGCCCAUCUCUUACCACCAUCUGCCACCACACUUCCCAUAGGGAGGCUCAAAAAUGGACACCCCCGUGUGCAACUGGAGAAUGAAAAGGCAGCUAUGAUUUUUUUUGGGGGGGGGGCUUUUGUUCAGUGAAACUCCCCCUCCCAGAGAAGCCUGGCUGUUGGUUGAGGCCAAAGGGGGCCCACCCAGUCCUGCCUGCUGCCCCCACAGCAGCCAUUAUGGGAAGCCCCCUGAGGGGGACCCCAGCUCAGCGCAGAAUCACAGAAGUGAAGAGUUGGAAGGCAGGGACCCCCAAAGGUCCUCUAUCCCACCCCCUGCCAGGCAGCAGCCGCUUUUCCCACCUGCCAUUCCCUGCAGCUGGCCUUAGUCAGAGGCCUCCCGCUGAGCCAGAAGGCGGAAGGUGCCUGAGGGGCUGGGUGCCCCCACCCUGUGGGACUGGCGGCUUCCCCCUCCUGCUCUCGCCUGCAGGGCUCUGAGGUCACCAUCUUCCGGGCCGGCUCUGGCUACAGCCGCGUGGAGGGCUACCCCCGGCCUCUGCAGGAAGAGCUGGGGCUGCCGGGCGUGGAUGCGGCCUUCACCUGCCCUCAUUCCAGCCACCUCUACGUCUUUCAAGGUAUUUGGAAGGGCGGGGAGGGCCUCAUUCUGCAAAGCGGGAGGUGCAGGGCCCCCCAGACCCAGGUGCUCAGUGCCAGGAAAGAGGGCCAUAGCUCCCCACAUACGGAUAGGAAAGGCUUUGGCCUGAAAGCCUGGGAAGCAGCUGCCAGCCUGUGCAGACAGCACUGAAGGAGAUGGAGCAGCCGUCUCCCUUGCCGUCGGGCAGCUUCCUGCGUUCCAGCGCACGCUCCGGGGGACUCCUCUCAAGGCAAGCAAGAGCCGCUGAGCCCCCCAGGCCUGGGAAUCCUGGAAUGGCUGAGUUGGAAGGGGCCUCCAGGGGUCAUCCAGUCCAGCCCGCUGCCAGGCAGGAGUCCCAGGCAGGCUGCUUUCUCACAUGUAGGCAGGCACAGCCGCGUCUGUGGACAGGAGAUGGCCACUCACUUCUGCGUGGGGUCUCUGGCCAGGCGAGGGGGGGUCUUCUCCCUCCAGAGCGGCCCUGCGUGGUUGAGGGGUGGGGGCAGGGAGAAGAGGGUUGGGGGCUCUGCAAGCAGCUCCAGGGACUGGCACCGGGGGCCUGACCCGAUUCCUCCCCCCAGGAAACUCCAUGAAGCUGGUGGACCUGCAGAGGAGCCCCCGCCUGCCAGGCCCAGCGCUGGACACCCCCCACGGCCACGUGGACAGCGCCUUCUGCUCCGCCCAGGGGGUCUUCCUUUUCCAGGGGCCCAACUUCUACCACUAUAGGAGUGUGGACCAUCUCCUGGGGGCCCCGGGGCCCGUGCCUGCCCAGAACACGGCUGCGGACGUUUUCUGGUGCCCCAUGGCAAGGGGCAAGGGGGGCCCCCACACCCCGCUCCCCAGGCAUGAAUAGCAGGGCCCCUUCCUCUGUGCGACUGCCAUAAAACUUAGGGAACAAGCUGUACCAGCAAAAUGAUUAAGGUUUUAAAUGAUAAUUGUAGGUUAUAUUUUAGUGAUCAAGAUUUAAUAUAUUUUUUUAACUGCCGCUAUAUCUGAAUUGUCUCUCUUAUACCCAAUUGCAAUUCAAUGUAUCCUUGUUGUGUUUUAUGAUUUUCCUGAUAUUGUGACUGGUCUGUGACCGUAAGAAUAAAUUCUGAUUCAGGGCCCCUUCCUGCCCUGAGGUGACCCACCAGCUCCCACCCUCCUCCCCAGGAGCCCGGACCCACCUGCACCCAAUAAAAGCCUCUGCCUGGUGCCCACUG